CCACAUCACUCGCAGACCCCUCCCUCUUUUCAUCUCCCUGCUUCUUCUAUCCCUCUUCCUCCAGCCGAAUGCUGUUAUUGUUCGUCAUCUCUCUCACACACACACGCAAAACACAUUCUAAAAACCCUUUUUGUUCAAUUCUCUUCAAGAUCUAACAACUGUUUUUUUCAUUAGAUCUCCGUAUCUUUCUCUAGUUCACUCGGUUUCUGUAUCUACAACUCAUUUGCUUCUGAUUUUCGCCGCAUUUUAUGGAUCUACAUUGCGGUAUUUGAGCUUAGUUUUCACUUGAUAUUACUCUGGAAGUGAAGUGAAUAAUGGUGUAUUUACGUUUUGUUGAAGGACUCGACGGAGGUCUUUGUCGGUGGAAUUCACUAAGAGAGCAAAACCCUAGCUUGGAGUUCAGUGUUGCAUUGUUAAAUCAAGCUUUAGCGUUUUGACAAUGGUGUUUAUGUGUUCGAUUACAAAAUGUCUACUACUGUGAUGCUGUUGUUUAUUUUUCCUCUUCUCACUCUCGGUUCUCCUACAGUUAGUUACGGCAUUCCUUUCCUGAACAUCAAUUUAUCUCCUUCUCUACUGCCAAGCCAACCUCUGUUUGUGAGGAAACAUGAUUUUGAACAUCUCAAAGUGAGGUUCAUGUCAAUGAGUGCAACAAUUCCAUCUAUAGCAUCACAUAUACAUCCACCCGUGGCCUUUACAAAACCUUCAAAUGUACCUGCUGCUCCUUCUCCUUCUCCAACAAUUCAAGGCCCUGUUGCUAGCCCUCCUGUUGGCAGCUCAAGAAGGCGACAUCACCAUCAUUUCCGUAAUGGGAAGAUCACCCAUGCAGUCUCUCCAUCUCCAUCCCCUGUACCAGGUUGCGAUCAAACCUGUUCUGAGCCACUGACUUCAACUCCCAUUGGAUCACCAUGCGGUUGUGUUUUUCCAAUGAAAGUCAGACUGCUUUUACAAGUUUCCGUGUAUGCGGUCUUUCCCGUUGUGAAUGAGCUUGAAAUCGAGAUUGCAACAGGCACUUACUUAACACAAAGCCAAGUGGUCAUAACAGGCGCCAGUGCCGAUAGUCAAAAUCAAGAAAAAACAGCAGUCGAUAUAAACUUAGUUCCAUUAGGAGAAAAAUUCGAUAACACCACUGCUUUACUCACAUACGAUAAGAUUUGGCGCAAGAAACUCUCUUUAAAUAGAACCCUUUUUGGAGAUUAUGAGGUCGUGUAUAUCACUUAUCCAGGGCUUCCUUCUUCACCACCAUACGGAGAUGGAGAUCACCCCGGGAGUGGACCAAAUGGAAGUCCUGGAAACAGACAGAUCCCUCUCACUGCAACUUUUGUAGGAAAAAGUCAGAGCAUGAACCCUAAAACCAUUUUUGUUAUUACUUUAUCUGCAGUGGUACUCUUGGUUGUUUGCCUUGCAGCAAUUUCUGUCUUCUUAAAGUACAGAAGGGUUGGUAGAUCAUCAAACGCUGUGGGUCCUGUUUUCACAACCCCAUCCAGCAAAAGACGUGUAGGACUUGGAGCAAUGUUAUCAGGUGAUCCAUAUUCAAACUCCACGUUAUCCAUUGUCUCUGCCAUGCCUACCUCCCUCCUCUCUGUGAAAACCUUCACACUAGCCGAACUUGACAAGGCAACUGAAAAGUUCAGUUCCAAGAAGAUCUUGGGUGAAGGAGGAUUUGGAUGUGUUUAUCAUGGAAUCAUAGAAGAUGGGUCUGAAGUUGCUGUAAAAUUACUGAAUAGAGAUAACAACCAAAAUGGUGAUCGGGAAUUCAUUGCAGAAGUGGAGAUGCUAAGCCGCUUACAUCACCGUAACCUCGUAAAACUCAUCGGUAUAUGCAUUGAAGGCCGCACACGCUGCUUGGUUUAUGAACUCGUUCCUAAUGGCAGCGUUGAGUCUCAUUUGCAUGGUGUGGAUAAGGAGAGAGGGCCUCUUGAUUGGGAUGGUAGGUUGAAGAUUGCUCUUGGUGCAGCGAGAGGUUUGGCUUAUCUUCAUGAAGAUUCAAAUCCGCGUGUAAUUCAUCGUGACUUUAAGGCCAGCAAUGUUCUUCUAGAAGAUGACUUUACUCCCAAGGUAUCAGAUUUUGGGUUAGCAAGAGAAGCCACAGAAGGGAGUAGUCAUAUUUCUACCCGUGUCAUGGGAACUUUCGGUUAUGUUGCACCUGAAUAUGCGAUGACGGGGCAUCUACUAGUGAAAAGUGACGUGUACAGUUAUGGUGUUGUGCUUCUGGAGCUUCUUUCCGGAAGAAAACCCGUGGACAUGUCGCAACCACCAGGUGAAGAAAACCUCGUGACGUGGGCCCGACCGCUUCUCACAACCCGAGAAGGACUACAACAGUUAGUGGACCCGAGUUUAUUCGGGACCUACGACUUCGAUGACAUGGCAAAAGUGGCAGCAAUCGCAUCCAUGUGUGUGCACCCGGAGGUAACCCAAAGGCCUUUCAUGGGUGAAGUAGUCCAAGCCUUAAAGCUCAUAUACAACGACAAAGAUGAAGUGUGUGGGGACAGUACUACACAAAGGGAUUCUUCAGUGGUGGAGUCGGACUUCAAGGGCGGCGAUCAAGUCCCUUCUGACAGCAGUUGGUGGAACGCCGGCGGUGGUGCCACCCCUCGGUUGACUUACGGUCAAACUUCUUCGUUCAUGACAAUGGAUUAUAGCUCAGGCCCACUUGAAGAGAUGGAUAACAGAGCGUUUUCAGCUUCGAGUUUCGAUGGUGGGGUCGGUUUGGGGUCGUCGAUUAGUCAUGGGAACAGGUCGGGCCCGCUUAGGACGGUUAGGAGCAAACCGUUGUUUUAUAGAUCCAAGGGAAGUAUGAGUGAACAUGGUGGACUACUCUCAAAGCCUUUUUGGAGUGAAGCUUCCUUUUAACCAAAGGAAAAGGAAAAGGAAAAGGAAAAGGAAAAGGAAAAGAAAGACUGUUGUGUUGUUUGAUUUUCAAGUGUACAGAACCAAAAGCCAAGGGCCUUGAUGAUGAAGUUGAGUAAGAAGUAAGAAGUAAGAAGAGUAGGUAGGGGUUUGUUGUAUGAAAUGGAAUGAAGUCAGGUUUGAUGGCUUAUAUUUAUUUAUAUAUGAGGAAAAGGGGGAGGGACAAAAUGGGGAUUCUAGUUUUUGACAAUCUUGAUUGCAUUAUAAUACAAUUCGAAGCUGGAUAGUUAGUAGGUGUGGUGAUUGGUGUAUAUGUUGAUUUCUGAUCAAUUUUAUUCAUCUUUGUACAA